AUGCCGAAAGCGGGUUCCGAUAGGUGUACAGUGGACACCGUGGUGUCGCUUUUAUCGAGACGGCUCUUUAUCGGGGCACUCGCGCUGACGGUCGCGUCGCUGGUCACGCUCGGCAUGUUCCUGGGUGGACGGGAGGCAGAAGUACUUGUAACGAACCGGAUCUUAGCGAAGGCUGGGGACCGGAGAGUCAACAGCAGCGUGAAAACCACCAGCUCGUCCCGCUCUCCGUUUCUCGCCUCUCACUUAACGCACGCACAUGCGCAGACGCACACGCGUUUCUUCUUCUUCCACUCACCCCGCCUCUCCCCUCCUCUCCGUUUCCUCCCCACCCUCCCAUCCCCCCCGACCCUCCCUCCUCCCCUGCUCCCCCCUCCCUCCCCCCUCCUAUUCCCCCCUCCCCCUUCACUCCGCGCCAGCUCCCCCGCCGCUCCCCGUCCGUUCAAGCCCCCUGCGCCGGUGAAACUUCGGUCGCGCAAGGAUUAUUUGAUAAUAGACAAGUACGAUUGGGCGCAGCUAAACAACCAGCGCCCGCACGUGUGCUACGCCGGCGUCCCCUGCUCCCUCCUGCUGCUUGUACCGAAGCACGCUCUUAACGGGACAAAUGACGCGAUGGGGGACGUGAAGAAGGAGGAGAAGGAGGAGGUUGCGAAACCCGCGGCGAAAUCCGCGAUGGCGUUACGGUUCGACGACGAGAUUCAAGAGCUGGAGCGGCUGCUGCUGCCGCACACGGAAGUGCUCCUGGCGGACGUGAUGGUAACCCUAUACGGCCCGUCGCUGCAGCACGCUUCGCUGGUUUCGCAGACGGCGACGCCGAACGGGCCGCUGCUGCAGCUGUCCGUGCUGAUUUGGGACGUGGGCGAUUACAGGGGCAUCGUGCGCGCGGACUGCACGCACGAGAGCGCCGUCGGUUCGCGCUAUGAUACCCCGCCGGGUCCGGGGGAGGUGCGCUACUUCCGCGUGCACGUCCACCCCGCCGCCUCCCCCCCCGCCUCCCCCGCCACUCCCCCGUCCCCCGUCUCCUUCCCCUCCGCCCCCGCUUCCGCGCGCCGUUCCGCCGCAGGGGCGGGCGUAGAGGCGGGCGCGGAAGCGGGCGGCGCAGGAGCGGGAGUGGUCGCGGGGGCGGGCGCGGGCGCGGGCGCGGGGGGGGAUUGGGAGGGCGACGUGGGGUUCGAGGUGGCGGCGAUUCCGUCGCCCUGCUCCGUGGGCACGUUCGCGCGCUGGUUGAGACGACCCAACGGAUCGUACAAUACCCCCCCUCCUCUUCGCUUCGAUCCUCACUUUGCUCCUCACUUUGCUCCUCACUUUGCUCCUCACUUUGCUCCUCACUUUGCUCCUCACUUUGCUCCUCACUUUGCUCCUCACUUUGCUCCUCACCUUGCUCCUCACUUUGCUCCUCACUUUGCUCCUCACCUUGCUCCUCACUUUGCUCCUCACUUUGCUCCGCACUUUGCUCCUCACUUUGCUCCUCACUUUGCUCCUCACCUUGCUCCUCACUUUGCUCCGCACUUUGCUCCUCACUUUGCUCCUCACUUUGCUCCGCACUUUGCUCCUCACUUUGCUCCUCACUUUGCUCCUCACUUUGCUCCGCACUUUGCUCUUUCUCUUCCCCCAUUUCAGAUGGACCUCCUACACGUAUGGACCUCCUACACGUGUGCGGCCAUGUCAGUGGCGCUCGUGGGCAGCAGGAACAUGCUCCGAGCAACAGAAAAACGAGCGCGCAAGGCAGCAGCUGCUGCCGCCGCCGCCGCCGCUGCUGCUUCUGGUGGUGGUGAUGGUGGGCGGUCGAGGAAACUCUUGGCUGCUGAUUCUGCUGCUGCUGCUGCUGCUGCUGCUGCUGCUGGUGGUAUUCCACACACAACGACGACGACGGCGGCGGCGGCAGCGAGUGAGAGCAGAAUCGAGCUUGUGCCAGUGCGGCGAAGGCUCACGGGAAGCGAAGUGACCUUUGAGGCGCCUCAAGAGGCUGUUGUUUCAGCCACAGCAAGGACGAGCGAGAGCGGGAUCGAGCUUGUGCCAGUGCGACGAAGGCUCACGGGUGACGAGGAGGAGAGCUGCAAGGAGAAGGGCCCGUUUGCGUGCGAGAGCAAGAAGCAGCUGCUGAGAGAUCUGCUCAUUGCGCUCGGCCCUGCACUAGAAGAGCAGGCCAUUGCAGCGAACGGUGAUGGCAGUGGUGGUGGUGCUGGUGGUGAUGGCGGUGGUGCUGGUGGUGGUGGUGGGAGAAGUGGAGGGACUGGGAUAGAUGGGGGGGAGGGAGAGGAGGGGAAGAUGGAGCGUGGGGAGACGGAUUCUGGGAUUCCGGGGGUGGGGAUUUUGACUCGGUUUGCGCUGGUGGGGGACUCGCACAUGAGGAACCUGUUUUUCGACCUCACGUAUUCUCUGCUGCGGGACGAGAGGGUGGAGAAUGGGGUGAGUGGGACGAAUGGGAUGAAUGGGACAAAUGGGACGCUGGGCGGGCAGUCGAGGCUGGUGUUUCGGAAGAACGUUCACGGGCAGAUGUGCUCGCUGAUCUCGUCCUCUGGGCUGAUCCGCGCGUGCCACGAUUCUGUCGGCAGCGUUGUACACCUGGCGUAUGAUGACGUGGCGCGGAACGCUGAGCUGGCGCGUAGCGCUGAGCUGGCAGCGAGGAGGGGGAAGGGGAACGGGGGGAAGGGGGCGGCGGAGGAGAGGGGGGAGGGGGGGAGGGGAACGGAGGACCGAUGGAUGGAGAUUCGGUAUUACUGGGUGGAUGGGCUCUACCUCAACGGGCAAGACGGAUGCCUGUACGUGACUUGUUGUCUGGCUUCUUUUCCAUGUUCCUCUAUGUUCUCUCCCACUUGGAUGGAGAUUCGGUAUUACUGGGUGGAUGGGCUCUACCUCAACGGGCAAGAUGGAUGCCUGUAUGUGCUGGGAUGGGCUUAUUACUGCGUCUACCUCAACGGGCGAGAUGGAUGCCUGUACGUGAUGGGAUGGGCUCAGCUGGUGCAUUCCGCAUCACGCAUUGUUGCAACUUGUUUCUCAAAAUGCCUGCACAUGGUGACUCGUAACUCGGCAAUCCCCACCACCUGUUCCCCUUUCCCUCCCCGGCCUUCCCUCCCCGGCCUUCCCUCCCUGGCUUUCCCUCCCCGGCCUUCUCUCUCCAACGAUCGGGGGAAGUAUCCUCAACCGGGGCAAGUACUCAGGGAGAGACACGGCAUUCCCGGUAAUCAGGCCCACGCCAGACGUGCUACUGGCAAACAGCGCGCACUGGAGCUUUACCUUCUGCACUGA